UCUCACAUGGGCAAAAAAGACUGAAGUGUAAACGAAAUAUUAGGUUGAGGGGAAAAGAAACUUUUCCCUCAGUUUUGAAUGCGAUUAAGGACCUUCACUGUCUUUGAACUUCAUUUGUUAUACACAAAGCGGCACAGACACGCUUCUGAGUUGCAGCAAUUUUUUUUGCGGGAUAGCAGGUACUUGCCCCGUCCCCUCUCCCCUGGCCCCAUCCGGUCUGCUCUGAAUGGUCAUGAUCUGCUGCCAUCCCUCCUCCAGCACCUCUGCUCUCCUGCUCAGCUUCCUACUCUGCAUCACUCCAUUGCUGUCCACUGCCACCCCACUGCUUGCUGAGAGCCCUCUCACCGGCACGAGCAAUGAGACGCUCCAGCCGGCGCACCAGGACCCGGUGGAGGCAGACGGGGGGGAUAGGGCACACGGGAAAGUGGACAGCAUCUUCCAGCAAUCGGGGCAGAGCCGGAUUGUGGGCGUAGACCCUGCUAGGGCACUGGCUUCUGUUCUCCUGGAGGCUCUUGACCAUCCAGCCAGGGAAGAGAUAGGUGGUUGGGUGGAGUCAGAGGAGUAUCCACGGAGAGAGCUGGCACAGGCCACGUGGAGGGACCAGGAAGGCCGCAGAGAGAUGGCGCGAGGUGGGGUAGAGGAGGAGCGGAAGACCACGCCGCAGUCGGGAGUGAGCAAGGCGGCACAGGGAGAGGUGAAGGGACGAGAAGACACAGAGCCAUGGCUUUCAGAUAAGGGCAAUGACACAGGUAACAACCGGAGCAAGCUGGAGGGAAAGGAAAGGCUUCUGCAGGACUUGCUCAGUAAGAAAGCACUUGUCCCACCUGGAAUCACUACUGCCCUUCAGCGUAAAGCCAGGGGCUACUUCCAGAACAUCGACCUUGGGCUGCAGGACAACGAGAUCCUCCCACCUCUCAAGGGAUACCGAGCCUACAAUCAGCAAUUGGCUCUGGCCAGCAAGAAGCUGAAGUGGCAGCAGGAGAGAGAGAAAACCCCUUCUCAGCUCGACAGGAACUUCAUGGACGAUUUGGACUUUGUAGAGGAGGAGGAGGAGGAGAUCCUCCCUCGCGAGGAGGAAGAAGCGAGGGCACGAGCCGAGCAGGAAGAGGUGCGGAGGCAGGAGGUGGAGGCACAGGAGGCACGCGAGGAGGAGCAGAGGCUAGCAGACAUCGCGUCCGACAUGCUUCUGGAAUACAUGGGCAAGAAACAAAAAACAGCCUCUUACGUGAAAGACAGGAAGACAGCGUCCUUGCUCAGCAACGUGGCCGAGGACAAGCGCUCUAAUGAAGUGGAAGACAGCGACGAUGAUGCGAUGGAUCCGGAGACCAUUGACAAGCUGAUUGAAAUCUCCAGUAAGCUGCACCUACCCGCUGAUGAUGUCGUCGAGAUCAUCAUGGAUGUGGAGGAGAAGAAGAAGAGAAAGGACUCAGCCCCUAGCAAUGCCCCCCGCUUCCGCCCUUUAGUUCCCCUUAAAGCGAAGCAGAGGGCUCCUGUCUAUCAGUACCCCAGAUUCCCAAAGAAAGCCUCCUACAAGGUGAACCCAUAUAAGAAAUGGUACAAGGAGAAAAGCAAAGUCAAGCUCAACAAGCAGGACUACUGGUCUAAGCCGCAGAAUCAGUUGCUGGCUUACCCAUCCUUUCCUUAUUAUCAGAAGCCAUAUCGAGCCUAUUACCCUGUCUAUUUUCCACCUCCCGAACCACGCUUCUAUACAAAUCCCAGGCUCUCUUAUGACUACAACUUUGGGGGCUCCAUGGGUUAUGGCUUCAAGCCACCCAAACGCAGAUACAGAGACAGGCCGAAGGCAAGGGAGCGAAACUGGGUGCAGGGGGGGGCUCGCCAGCCCCAAGCCCCCUACCCAUUAGUGGACACAGUCAUUUCCAACUACAUCCUUCCUCAUCCCCGAACUUACCAGACCCUCCCGGUGCCCAAGCCCCGGACCCCUGCAAGUGUAGCGGUACCUGGUUACUAUUACCACCCAGACUAUGCGUACGAUGAGCCAGAGCCGGCGCCAGACAGUGAUGAGGAGCUGGAGAACUUCAUUGAGAAGAUCUACUACAAUCGCAGGUUGUUCUAGCAACUGGGGAGGACACCGGCGAUGUUCCAUAGCGAUGAGAAAGAGUGAGGAGAACAAGGAUGAAAAAAGCAUGAGUUUAGGGGAUGAAAAAGGACUAAUUCUAUGUUACUUCUUCACUCUUAUUAUUUAUUUUUUUAUUUAAAAAACAUUCCAGGUUAGGCCAGGAAGCGAUGUUUAUGAGGUAUCAGACCCUCUUUCUGUGUUUGCAUUUUGUUCCUCUCGCAGUUUACAUUUUCAUUUGGUGAGAGAACUUACGGGUGAAUUUGUCAGGUUUCAUUCAGGUAUGGUUUUACUCUUGCAUGUCAGAAACAUUUUAGGUGCCAACUGUAAGAGACCCAUGUUUACACAAAGAUUUAUUUUGUUUUGGUCAAACAUGUGAUUGACUAAUGUGACUUUAAAAAAAGGGUCUAAGCUUGGGACUGAAUCCCUCGAUCACCAGGCACUGCAGGGCACAUCUCAUAGCUUUCUAGGCUCUACUUCUAGGUUCUGUAUCUCUAGUCCAAUAAUUAUACCUACCGACCCAUCUUUUUGUUGAAUGUGUUUAAUUAUUAUUAGCAGUGCUCUUAUUGCCUUAAUAAGGAUCCAUUUAAUUUAUGUGCAUGCAGGUCUUGCACCAGAGAAAAUAAUAACUUUACAUGAAACAAAAACAAACAGCCACCACAAAUACUUGAACGCAAAUCUUCCAUUCUAUUUAGAGUGCAAAAUGAUGGGUGUCUAUAACAACAGUGUCCUGUUAAGGUAGUUUUCUGUAUUCUUUUCCCAUGCCAGUGAUUUCUGUAAACCUCACAUUUUAGUUUCUGAUUUCACAUUAAAAUAUGUUUAAACACCUUUAUUAGAAUUAUUAUAAGUUAUUGGGUUACCUCUUUCAACAUGACAGUCAACAACUACUUAUAGCUUUGUCUUGAGGGUCAAAUGAAAGCUGUAUAUAUUAUGUCUGUUAAAAAAAAAGUUUUAAAAUGUUUUAAAAGUUGUGAGAAUUGAACAGAGGUUGAAAUGUCUGCACGUCUAUCUGUAUUUGCAUCUUUUAAAAAAAGCAGAAAAAAAAGUGGGAAAAUUGCCUCUUUGAAAAACUUAUUUAAAAAAUGCACAAAAAACCCUAAGAAAGAAAACUCCAAUUAUGAAAAAAAGUCUUGUGAAAGGAAUUUGUUGUUGAUGUCAACUUCCAGAUUGUAAGUUGUACAGUGUCAAAUAAACAAGUGUGUGCAAUGUGUAAAU